AUGGACAACCACUGUCGUGAACAAACGGAUGCCGUAUUAUUGGAUAGUGAAAUUUUUAAAACUCCACCAAUGAAAGAAUUUACAGAAGAGCCAGUCGUUCGACCAUCAGUCGAGGGCCUCCCAGUUUAUUCCACCCGCAACGGAAACGCCUCACCCUUAUUGGAUUCCUCCGGAUCUGAUGGAGUUGUUGGACAAAAGUGCGGAGACGACAAACGGGGUCAGUUACAGAGCCCCGGUGUUGGUUUGGUUAGCAGAUCGUUUACACACAGUGACUCCGCCAUUCCACUAUCCUAUGGGAGCUCUUGUCAUGCACUUCGUGGACCGUCACUGCCACUCUCAACCGACUCAGACGCCAAAACCUCGCCCCCCGCUAUCCCAAUUCGGACAACCUCCUCUCCUCAGAAGCACAAACCACCUCCAAUAUUUGUGGGACGCGAAUGGGUCCUUGAGAAGGCUGCAAGAUGGCUUCAACUGCCGCAAAACGGCACACCACCUCCUGAAGCAACGUCCUGCACAUUCAUUGUGGUUGGUGGGCCUGGAUCUGGUAAAACGUGCUUAUUUAAGCAGAUAACGCGCAACGACAGCCUUGAGUUAACAAGUCGUGUUCUUGCCUACCACGCGUGCUCUAAUCAAUUCGCGGCUUCUCUGAAUCUGCCUCGCUUCAUUCUCUCACUGCGCGAUCAAUUAGCCUCUCGAACUGACGCCAUUGGCGACUACUACAGGGGACGUCUGGCUGGUGGCGGCGGUAGGAUCGGUCGUCUGUUCACAUCGGCCAGACUCUGUGCAUUUCCGGACGAGGUGCUCUCCGAGGGUGUAUUCAAGGUUCUGGCAGACAUCGACCCAAGUCACAUUGGCGUGAAGCAGAAGUUCUUCAUAGCAGUCGACUCGGCGGAUGAGUGCUUGCGUUUGAAUCCAAACUCAGAGGUGCGUGCGCCACCUGCCGUGUCAACGAUUGGCUGCACUCACAAGCGACUCUCGCAAGCCUCUUCCGCCUCCGACAACACCGCCGAACUGCAGAACCUGAGUCUGCAUCAGUCUACGGGGCGGAUUCGACAGGGCUGGGUCAGUCGAAAUUUCCUGGAACUCCUCGCAAUCAACGCUCUGUUUUUACCACCAUGGAUUGGUCUUUUUAUCACGUGUCGUCGAGAAUCGCAGACUAUUCUUCGUCGACUGUUUCGGUGUGCUAUGACAGUGAUUCUGGACGAUACACGGUGCCCAUCGGUUGCAAAAGACAUCAACGACUACGUCUACGCUCGCUUGAGGAGCGAAGUAAGCCUGCAAAACUGUCUUGCUCUGUGUCCAUCCGGGGGACAGGAGAUGCUGCAGAUGCUGCAGUACAAGAGUAACGCCUCCUUCCUGUACCUCAAGAUAGUACUGACCGCGAUCAGUGAAUGCUGGCUCACCCCAGAGUACAUCAGAACCAUUCCGGGCACACUUAGUGGUCUGUUUCUUUGGCUGUGCCAACGACUGUUAACGCCUUUACCAAAUGACGCUACCACAUCCCUCAUGCUUGCCGUUAAACCCGUGUUAAAUCUCAUCCUAACUUCCCCACGACCUCUGACUCUUCCAGAGAUCGAUGUUAUUCUCCACGCAAACAAUGUUUCCACGGAAGUGCUUGAGAACUGGAGGCAUGCGUUAUCGCUGCCGCAUUUUCUCACCUACGACUACCCGUUGUACCUGCACGACCAACCGCAAGAAUGGGUUAGACUGCUGGAUUAUGCAGAGCUGCAGCAAGAGAAAGUGCUGGCAUUUGAGCACACGAGUCUACGUGAUUGGUUCCUUGAUGUAAAGUACUCAACUCCCGUGUACGUCGCAUCCUCUCGCGAUGGUCACACCAUGCUAGCUAUCGCUGCUCUCAAUCAAAUCACCAAGUCACCAUGCCUUUCGCAUUCAUUCACGUGGGACAUCCUCUACAAUUUCACCAGAUCCAACCUCUACAAUUCAGCCGAGGCCCUGCAUAGACUGACUUCGGCGCUGCGAGACGUGAAGUUGGAUUUUUCUGUCGACACUCUGGGUAAUCUUGACUGCUGGUCGUUCCUUCACGAUCCCAUCCUCGUUCACUGCUCGUUUGCUGGAUCGUCGAUCAGUCAACUGAUUGAGGACGCCCUUAAUUAUGAGCAUCGUUCACUGGAUCCACAAACCACAGCAGCUGCCUGCAACGGAACGCGUCCUAAGGAACGCAAACCUAAACCUGUCAUUCUUCAAACUGGAUCCGACAAGGAGACUUCGAUCGGACAGUUGUGCACUGCGGCAUUUCAGGGGAAAUUGGAGGUAGUAAAGACGAUUCUAAAAGACAACUCAGUUGAUGUGGACGCACGCGAUGCUGCAGGAUCGACGCCAUUGGUCCUCGCCUCGCGUCAAGGUCAUUUGGAGAUUGUAAAGUGUCUCCUAGCGGCCAAUGCCAGGCUGGACCAGAUCGAUCAGGACGGCUGGUCAGCUCUCCGAUCUGCCGCAUGGGGAGGUCACAGAGAUGUGGUGAAGGUGCUUCUGGAAGCCGGUGUCGACGUGGACAUCGUCGGACCGGACUGUCGGACGGCGUUGCGAGCGGCCGCGUGGGCGGGCCACGAGGCGAUCGUCCAGAUCCUCCUCUUCGCAGGUGCCGAUGUGGACAAGCCUGACGCUGAAGGACGCACUCCACUCAUCGCGGCCGCUUACAUGGGCUGCAUCGAUGUCAUCAACAUACUCGCUGAUGCUGGCGCCAACUUGAACCACGCGGAUCAGGACGGUCGGACGGCACUUAGCGUGGCCGCGUUCUGUGUGCCACAGUCCACCGUCCACACCCAGGUCGUCUCCAACCUCCUUCAACUUGGAGCCAAUCCAAAUAUUGGUGACCGCGAGAACGUGACUCCCUUGAUUGGUGCUGCCAAUUCAGGCAGACGUGAAGUCUGUGAGCUCUGUCUUGAGGCGGACGCAGACGUCGACGCAUUGGACAAGAGUGGUCGGAGUGCUCUCGUGGCGGCAGUGGUGAAUGGCCAUGUGGAAGUCGUCCAGCUACUCCUGUUCUGGUGCGCCUCCGUGGACACCAUCGACGCGAACGGUCGUUCAGUGCUUAGCAUCGCAGCGGCUUGUGGCCACACUGAGGUGGUCCGGAAGCUGCUUGACAGGGGUCUAGAUGAAGCCCAUAGGGACCACAUGGGUGCCACACCGUUGCACCUCGCCUCCGCCGCAGGCCACGCUGACGUAGUCAGACUCCUUCUUGAGUCUGGAGCGCACCUAGACGAGACGGACAAUGCCGGCCAGACACCACUUCUCGUCGCGUGCCAGGCCGACCACCUGGCCGUAAUCAGGCUGCUCCUUAUGCCGGCCGUAUGCACGGAGACAGGCGACAACGACGCAGUCCAUGAUCUGCUGGAAGAACUUGUCACGGGGGGUGAGGAGGACGUGGACCCACAUCGGGUCUACGACCCGCUCAGCACAGGUGGACACGACGGCUUCCUGGGACAGGCUGCUCUUGAAACUGUUGCCAGAGCCGCCAUGGACGGCAGAAGCCCUCUAAGAGCUGCCGCACUCAACAAUAACAUUCCAUUGGUCAAACUGCUCCUGGCUCUGGGGGCUGAUCUGGAUCAACAGGUGAGUAAAUCCCAGUGCUCAAGUUUGAAAACCUGGGAUUAA